AUGGCCCGCCCUUUGCAACGGGAUUGCCACAUUACGGUCAUCUACUUGCUGGAUAUCGUCACAAGACAUGCCCAUGUUAGCGGAUAUCAUGUAACAAGAAGAUUCGGUUGGGAUACUCAUGGCCUUCCAGUCGAGCACGAGAUCGAUAAACGACUGGGAAUCACCGGAAAGGAGGACGUUUUGGCCAUGGGAAUAGACAAAUAUAAUGAAGAAUGCCGCAAGAUCGUCAUGCGAUACGCGUCCGAAUGGCGACAAACGGUGGAACGAAUGGGUCGUUGGAUCGACUUCGACAAUGACUAUAAGACCCUCAAUCUGUCAUUCAUGGAGUCGGUCUGGUGGGCAUUUAGCGAGCUUUUCAAGAAAGGAAUGGUAUACCGCGGUUUGCGGGUGAUGCCUUAUUCUACAGGAUGCACGACUCCUCUCUCUAAUUUUGAGGCCGGUCAAGCAUAUAAAGAUGUCAAUGAUCCUGCCAUCACCGUUGCCUUUCCGUUGGUGGACGAUCCAAGCACUUCCUUGCUAGCAUGGACAACCACGCCGUGGACCCUACCGUCGAAUCUUGCACUCUGCGUACAUCCCGAUUACACUUACAUCAAAAUCCAUGAUGUCGAACGCGACCAAAACUUUAUCCUUCACGAGAACCUCCUGCGGACUCUGUUCAAAGACCCCAAGAAGGCAAAAUACAAGAAACUGGCUCAAUUCCAAGGAUCGGACAUGAAGGGAUGGCGUUACGUUCCUCUUUUCGAAUACUUCACGGAGCAGUUUGAGGACAGGGCAUUUAGAGUUUUAGUCGACACCUACGUCACGGAUGCUGACGGUACGGGCAUCGUCCACCAAGCGCCUGCUUUCGGUGAAGAUGAUCAUCGCAUUGCCAUUGCCCACGGUGUACUGGAAGCGGACACGAUGCCUCCUUGUCCUAUUGACGACAAGGGACAUUUCACGAAGGAAGUCUCUGAUUUUGCUGGACUGCAUGUCAAGGCUGCAGAUGGCCCGAUUCAGAAGGCAUUGAAGAGCAAAGGUCGUUUGAUUGUGCAAUCGACAUUGAACCACAGCUACCCAUUCUGCUGGAGAUCUGGCACUCCUUUGAUCUACCGUGCCAUUCCAGUUUGGUUUGUGAAAGUUACCCCCAUCGUAGAUGAGCUCGUCACCUACAACGAAGAAACACGAUGGGUCCCACAGAGCGUCGGCGACAACAGGUUUGGUAAUUGGCUCGCGAAUGCUCGAGAUUGGAACGUAUCGCGGAAUCGAUACUGGGGUACCCCUAUGCCGCUGUGGGUCAGUGACGACAUGGAAGAAAUUGUAUGCGUCGGUUCGGUUGCCGAGCUCGAGGAACUGUCUGGUGUCAAGGGCAUCACCGAUAUCCAUAGAGAUAAGAUAGACCACAUCACUAUCCCUUCGAAGCAGGGGAAAGGAAACCUCAAGCGUGUCGAGGAAGUUUUUGAUUGCUGGUUCGAGUCCGGAAGCAUGCCAUACGCUCAGCUUCACUAUCCCUUCGAGAACAAGGAGCUGUUCGAACGUACUCAUCCUGCCGAUUUCGUUUCUGAAGGUAUUGACCAGACGCGUGGCUGGUUCUACACGCUGCUGGUUCUUUCGACGCAUCUCUUCAAGAAGGCUCCUUGGAAAAAUCUCAUCGUCACUGGUCUCGUCCUUGCUGCUGACGGCAAGAAGAUGAGCAAGAGUCUGAAGAAUUAUCCUGAUCCCAACCUUAUCAUCGAUAAGUACGGCGCUGACGCGACGAGGAUGUUCCUCGUCAACUCCCCCAUCGUGAGAGGAGAUAAUCUUCGCUUCCGAGAAGAGGGUGUCCGAGAAGUCAUUUCUCGAGUGCUUCUUCCAUGGUUGAACUCCUUCCGAUUCUUUAUGGGUCACGUUGCUCUUCUCAAGAAAACCACGAGCACCAACUUUAUGUACGAUGCUCGUGCGCCACUGCCGAGCAAUGUCAUGGAUAGGUGGAUCCUGGCCAGAUGUCAAUCUCUGAUCAAGCUGGUCAGAGAGGAGAUGGCAGCCUACCGCCUCUACACUAUCAUUCCCCGUUUGCUUGACCUCGUUGACGAGCUGACAAAUUGGUACAUUCGCUUCAACCGCAAGCGCUUGAAGGGCGAAGACGGCCAAGAAGAUACUGUUGCUGCUCUUAACACCCUUUUCGAAACACUGUUCACCCUGUGCCGUACAAUGUCUUCCUAUACCCCGUUCUUGACAGAAAACCUUUACCAAUCGCUCAGGAAAUUCAUUCCGGAGGAUCUUGCCGCUGGAGAUGCUCGUUCCAUCCACUUCCUGAGCUUCCCAGAGGUGAAAGAAGAAUAUUUUGAUGCGGAUAUCGAACGACAGGUGCAGCGUAUGCAGGCUGUUAUUGACCUCACACGCAAUGUGCGAGAGAAGAACAAUCUUUCUCUGAAGGUCCCUUUGAAGGAGUUGCUUGUGUUCCAUCCCGAUCAGGGAUAUGUUGCCGAUGUCAAGCCGCUGCAACGAUAUAUCGAAUCAGAGCUGAACGUGCGCGACGUCGUCUUUACCUCUGAUGAAGCUCUCUCCGGAGUUCGGUACAGAGCAGUCGCUGACUGGGCUGUUUUGGGUCGCAAGUUGCGCAAGGACCUUGCCCGCGUUCGAAACGCGCUUCCCAGCGUCCCCAGUGACGAGAUCAAGGCGUACGUCUCAAGUGGGAAGAUCACUGUCGACGGGAUUGAGCUCGUUGAGGGCGACUUGACCGUCCAGCGGUACCUCGAGACCCCUUCUUCAAGCGAAGGCCAAUUUGCCACGAACACGGAUAACGAUGUUGUCAUUCGUCUUGAUAUCCAGAUACACGGACAUCUACAAGGAGAGUGGCUGGCUCGCGAGCUUACCAACCGUGUGCAGAAGCUCCGGAAGAAAGCGGGGCUUCAAGCCACGGACGAUGCCCACGUGUUCUAUCGCUUUGAGGAGGGUGUUGGAGCAGAUCUGCUUGCCGCCAUCCAGGAAAACACCGACAUCAUCAAGAAGACUGUCGGAAGCCUGCCCCAGGACAUCAAGGAGAAGAAAGCGUCCAACAAAGUCAUCAUCGAGGAGGAGCAGGAGAUUGACGAUACCAAAUUCAUACUCUAUCUUGCACGGCAUUAA